CCAGCUUCAGUUUACGUUUACUGUUCGAGUGGUAACAACCAGCGCAAUCACGCUGCCAGGUAGAAGGGAAAGCUCAAUAUGAGGCGUCUUCAGUGCGGGGUGAUUUUUGCCAUAUUUCUGUGUGGUGCUCAAGGGCAGGAUGAGGGAGUUUUGAUGCUUCCCAAUGAGCGCACUUCGUUUGACGAUUGUCACUUGCGGUUCCACAAACUAGGUGCAUUUGCCACAGUGGCACCAGCAUUCGGACAUCCGGCUCGUUUGAAAGAGUUUGCCCAUAUGGGAGCUAUUGGUUGGACCCAACCAAAUGGGACCAUUUCAUGGAAAUGUGGCGGAACUUUAAUUUGGCCUGAUUUUGUCCUCACUGCGGCACAUUGUGUCAUUGAUUCCGAAAACCAAGCCCCAGACGUCGUCAGAUUUGGUGACUUGAACAUCCAGAGUACUGAGGGUGAUGAAUACGCGCAGCAAUUGAAGAUCGUUGGUAUUUUUAGACAUCCACAACAUAGUAUUACAGCACAUUACCAUGAUAUUGCGUUGUUGAAGUUGGAGCAUAAUGUCACAUUGAGCGAAGUUGUGAUUCCCGCAUGCCUUUGGACGGAUGAAGAAGUGAGAUUUAAAAUUUUGGAAGCCACAGGUUGGGGCAGAACAGGAUAUGCUGAUGAUCCAACACCCAUAUUGCUGAAGGUAGCCUUGAAACCCAUUGAAAAUGUGGAAUGUGGCAAAGUGUACACAAACGGAACGGAUCGUAAACUUCGGCUCGGACUUCAAAAGCACCAGAUAUGUGCUGUCGAUGAAAAGAUGGAUACGUGUGAGGGCGAUUCAGGAGGUCCUCUUCAAAUCAAGCUAAUGCAUAACGCCAGAGUAACACCUUUUGUGGUUGCUGUAACUUCCUUCGGAAGGGCUUGUGGGUCAUCCGCCCCUGGUGUUUACGUCAGGAUUGCUCCUUACCAUGAGUGGAUAGUCGAAACGAUGCAGAAAAACGGUGCUAUGGUUCCAGAUGAUGUUUUCAAUGCUACAUUUUGUGCGUUACGUUUCGCAUAUUUCCGUGAAUAUGAGGAUGCUAUUAUUAUUACUCGUACCCCUAAUUGGGUUGCUUAUGAUAUUAAUUUGAGACAUAUGUUUCUCGGCAGUGGACUUCCAUCAUAUAUGGUGAAAUUAGAUUGGAAUGGAGAAACAAACAAUUGUUAUGGUGUAAUAAUCGAUGAGAAUACAGUAAUAACUCUGGCGCAAUGUGUUACAAUGAAUAGCAAACGCGUUUCUCAUAUUAAAUAUUUGAAUGAUACUACAAUGACAGUAUCUAAAGUACACAUCCAUCCAAAGUAUGAGCAGGGAAGCAGUUACAACAACUUAGCUAUUUUACGUUUGAAGCAUUUUCUCAGUUUCAAAGACCUUAAUCCAGCAUGUCUAUGGCAAGGGGGGACUCCGUCAGUUAGUGUUCACGUAUAUGGUUCAGGCCGUCGGGACAUAAAUACUUUGCUCAUGUCAGAAGAGCGCAUUGCAAGCAUAGAUCCAUCGAUAUCGAUCCUCGCCCCACGAGUUCGUUUCCAAAACGCUUCAACUUGUGUCAUUUCGAAAGAGUACCUAUCGAGGCUUCGCGAUGGAUUAACUGAUGAACAUAUCUGCAACGGACAAGAUUUGUUUCUCGUUCCAAAAUCUUGCGAUCUUGUGACCAGUGCAACACUUCACAGUACGGUAGAGAGAGCUAAGAACUUUUACCCUAUGGUAUACGGGUUGAACUAUCUUGGUAGAGAUUGCGGUUUCGGUGAACACUCGAUAGCGAUUGGCAUGGCAAGUCACGCAGAAUGGAUGAAAUCGGUGCUUUUUCCAAACUAUAUGAAAUCCCAUGGCACUGUGCAGUUCGUCGAUCCGGAUCGUCGAGAGGGAGAUUCUUGUCAUCGGUACGAUGAGCGCCCGGCCCGAUGUGUUCCAGUAUCGAAGUGUUCAAAGGCAUGGCAACAGUUUUUGUCGAAUGGAACAAUUCAGCUGUGCGCUACCAGUUCACUAGUUUGCUGUCCCCUCAAUGAUAUCGCGGAUACUGGAAGAAAUGUGACACACACAGGGCUAGUUGAAUGUUCGAGUUUGAUGAAACAUUAUAACAUAACCUCACCAAAUGCUUCACUUGCAUUAAUUGGAUGGAGAAGAACCAAUACUGUGGAUUUUAGAUGUCUUGGAACAAUCAUCACGGAGAGAAUCAUUCUAACAUCUGCCAGCUGUGUUGGGAAAGAAGUACCCGCAGUCGUUAAACCUGUUGCAAAUACCUCUCGAAAGGUGUAUCGAGUUGAUGGACUUCUCGUACAUUACGCCUUCAAUGCUGCCGAUAAUACUAACGAUAUUGCAAUGAUUCAAAUAGAAGAUAUUUUCGUCUGGAGAUCAGAUCUUUUCCCUUCAUGCUUAUGGACCAACACAACACAUGUUCCAGUGGUGUUGUCGUUGGUUUCUUCCGGUGAUUCCGGAAGCAUUGUUCGUACCGAGGUGGUUUCAAUGUAUAAUACCGAUUGCCAGAGAACUCAUAGAUAUGACAUUCAGGGAAGUCAGCUUUGUGCGAGGGAUCCCAAUAAUGACUUCACUUGUAAAACCCUCAGUGAUCAACUACGAUAUGACAGUUCCAGCGGAGUUUCCUAUGUUGUGGGAUUGUCGACAGAUUUCGAGAACUGUAAACGCUCACACUAUACGGUGUUUACAAGAAUUUCCAGUUUUGUGAGCUGGAUUGGAACGAAUAUAUAACAUAUACAGUAGAAUGACAUGCUCAACAAUUAAUGAUUCAUAUUAUAGAUUUAAAUUAAACAGACACAGAUGACACAGACGUUUCGGAAAUUACACUAUUUCACAAACAAGCCUGAGAUUUACCGAUAUUUUGGGAAACAGAUAACACAUUGUUGAAUGAAUUUUAUACUUUGCAGAAGCUGUCGUUUUCACGGUUGUUUUCCGUGUUUAUCGCAGAUUUUGCAGGACAACGAAGUCCCUUUUCGGUGACCGUCAGUCACAGAAAGGCUUUCUUCGGGAACUUUGUGUGGGAAAUAUAGUUUACGUCAUCGACGUCGCCCUUCGCUGGAAGGAUGGAUUUCAGAAGUACCUGCAACCGUUUCUUUUGGGUGAUUGGCUGCUGCACAAAUACCGGUUGAUCCCACUUCCCGGCCCAAGGUGCGGAACGAUGACGCCUCCUUGCUCUCGGUUUUCCACUCCAGCUAUCCCAGAAAGAGCAGCUGAAGAUAGACGUUGUACCGAAGUCCGCCAACCCUCCGAAAGUUCCCCAGCUGCGACCGAUAGGAAAAUGCUGGGCGAACCACAAACGGAGGAUCUACUCUAAUGAUUUUGUGGUCAAACACAGAAGCAGUUGAUCCUCAAGGUCACGAAAAAUCUGAACAAUAGUCUGACAUUUAUCUUUUGAUCGGUCAUGGCUAAGGUUCCGGUCAACUACCGCUGCCCGGCGAGCGUUGUAUCAUUUUUUUAAGGCUCAAUAAAUGUCGAAU